AUGCCAUUGCUGUCUCAGCAUACAGUGCAACAGUUGGUGCCAGGGAGCAUUGCUGCCGAAUGCGAUUAUCCCUUGGCCAGUGCAAAACGCAACGUCGAGUUUCAUACUUUAUUUCGUUCUGUACCGGAGCUUGACCCAUUGAUCGAAUUCUACAAGUGUGCAUUGCACAAAGAAAUACUGCUGCAAGGUCACAUCUAUAUCACAGAACAUCACCUUUGCUUCAAUGCUAAUAUCUUUGGCUGGGUCACCAACCUCGUGAUCGCAUUCUCUGAAAUCACUAGCAUUGAGAAACGGAUGACGGCUAUGAUUAUUCCCAACGGCAUCCAGGUGUCUACGAUUCAUGCAAAGCAUGUUUUCGCAUCCUUUAUGUCGCGUGACAUGGCUUUUGACCAAAUGUACAAAGUAUGGCAAAAGCAUCACGACACAGGCAAACCACAAACCCUGCAGCCUCGCAACCACAGCGAUUUCUCGCUUAAACGGCACGAUGACGACGACGACGACCUGCUGUCCGAGUCGGGCACUGCGACAGAUAUAUCAUCGUCAUUAUCAGUGGAUGAUGAAGAGGGUUCUGACGAAGCCAUCGUGAAAACGCCUAAAUGCAAAUGUGACAGCCAUCUAGGCCAAGUUGCGCUGGAUUCGACAUACAAAGGCACAGUGGAGGUUAUGCAUGAAUUGCUUUUUCAGACCAAUUUUUUCCCAAAGGCAAUGAAAAAAUACGAAGGGUGUCACGGUAAUUGA